UCUAAUUAAGUUUUUAGAUUAGUUAACAUAACCCCAUAUUUUAUUCAACAUGUGAAAACAACUGUCACACAAAAUUUACGCUAAUAAUUCUACUGUAAUUUAAUUAAAGUUAUAAUUGAAAACAAUGAGUGCCGAAUUGGGUGAUAAUAGUUUCCCCAGCACAAUUUCCAACUUGUUGAAAGAGGGUAACACAGUUCAAGCUGUGACUCUUUUCACUGACAACAAAAACAGUGAAGAGGUUCGUAACAAUUCCUGGGACCUGGUGCCCAUAGUUGCACAUUAUUUAACUGAUGAAUGUGAAACGAACAACAUUGAAGUGUUUAAAUGUUGUCAAAAACUCAUCACAGUUAUAGCAGAAAAUUCAAAGCCAGAGGAAGUUUUGCUGCAGUUUAUAGAAGAAUUGGAAACAGCAGAAGAUGAUACCAAGUUUUUAAUGUUGUUGAAACCAUUGGAAAUAGUGUUGUUGAGGGUCCCUGAUAAAAGAAUUACGUCGCUAGGGUGGUGUUUUAAUGCUAUUGUGGAUUACUUGAAGAAGCUUGAAGUUCCUGAAGACUUGAAUUUAGUAGGAGAGGAGCGGCUGCUUUUAGACUCUAACGAAAUCGUCAACCGUAUUGUUUAUUUAUAUAACGAGUUGUUAAGUUUCUGUGAUACAUUUGUAAAGGAGUUGAAAAAUGUAACUUCAAGUCAGAAUAUUGUUGAAAGAAAGCAAGUAGUUGGGAGAUUUUUUGUGGAGUUACUCGGGAGACCAUUGGCAUUUUUAGAUAUGGUCGUUUAUAAAAAUACUAAAUCAAAGGCUAGGCUGCUAGCUGAGGAAUUAGUUACCCAAUUUUGUUACUUAAAUUUGGACCCUUAUAAAUUCUUAGAAAUGUAUAAUGAUAGCGAAUUAGUCAAACCAAGUGAGUUAUCUCUAGGUGUGUUUUACUAUUUAAUCUUAUCAGAGGAAAUUUGUCACAACUAUCUCCCAAAAGUAUACAAUCCUGCGUACAUUUUAAAUUACUCCUUAUGUUUUGUUAAUAGUCUCUUGUCGCAGGAUGGCCAGUUUGUUGUUGAAAAAGGAAUAGAUUUAGCAACAGCAUUAUUGAAAACUGUAGAUCAGCUCGAGUUACCAUACGUGUUACUAGACUCAGAAUGUUAUAGUAAAUUUUGUAAAAUUAUCUCAAAUAUAAUUGUACAUAAUGAAUGUGUGGAGCUCCGCAAAAAUGCCUUGCAAGUCUUGCACACAUUUUUGUGGUCAUUUGAACAUCAGGGACGGUACUUGUUGGUGAAAAACUUGAUCCGUAAUAUUACCCACAGCGGAUUGAAAGGAAAUCUUAUAACAACUUAUAAAGAAAUGAUUACACAGGAAAUUAAAACAAGUGGCAUCAAAAACUUGUCCCAAUAUUAUGUCACUUACAAAUUGUACAAUAUACUGGAUGAAUUUACGUUUCUGAAACAGAAGGAGGAAACAGAUCUUGUGAAUGAAUCCGAUCGUAUCAUCGCCAGUUUGAAUUUCUUGCGUUAUUUGGUCUUAGUUGACYUAUCAGGCGACAUCGGAAUUGAUURUUAUUUAGAAACUCUAGAAGAUGCUUAUUUUAAAUUUUUGAAGACAGGGAUUAACAUGUCACAGGAACAUUACCGUUUGAGAAUUAAGGAAGUGACUGAAGAGGAUGCAAAAGUCGGAAAAGAGGAUUCCGAUUGUAAAGUUUCAGUGACGGUGUCUGGAAAGGAUUUAAUUGAAAUGCCAACCGAAAAAAAGAUUGAAGUUAUGCAGAUGUCUUUAACCACCUUAGAUGUUAUUGAUAGUAUACUGAGCCGUCUAAUAGAAUGUAUUAAAAUUAAAAAAUCAAAUUAGAAGUUAAGUUGUGAAAUAAAUGCAAUAAAAACAGUUUUAA